AAAUACAAGACUGGAUUCUGAUUGGACAGCGAGGCGAGCGGCUCUUUAUGCUCCGCCCCAGAAUCGGCAGCAGCAGUAGCUCUGGUCUUUCCUGCGCCAGCGUCGGCAGCUGUGUGUGUGUCACGGAGGUUGAGCCCGAGCUGCCGGAAAGACCCACUGUCAGCGCCAAACAUCCUGCCAGUUUACCCAAAACUGGCAUCGAAGCUACAGGCCGCACUGGCGAGAUUAACGCCGGAAUAACGUUCAGGUUCAAUCCCAAACCACCCUCUGUCACCACUGGCCAUCCCCCUGAUGUCGGACUUUAAGCUCGGGAUCGUCCGGCUUGGACGUGUGGCCGGGAAGACAAAAUACACACUAAUUGAUGAGCAGGACAUACCACUGGUGGAGAAUUACGCCUUUGAGGCACGAAUGGAAGUAGAUGCUGACGGCAACGGAGCCAAGAUCUUUGCUUAUGCAUUUGACAUCGGCAAAGGUCGCUGGGCAGGGAGACCUUUGCAUGAGCUGUUAUGGGAGAAGCACAGAGGCGGCAUCGCACCCAGUUUUCAAGUCAUCCACAUCAACUCCGUGACAGUGGACAACAGGCUGGACAACCUGCGACUGGUGCCUGUGGGAUGGAGUCCCAAACCGGAGGAGAUCUCUAGCAAGCAAAGAGAGCAGUCUCUGUACUGGCUGGCCAUCCAGCAGGUGCCGGCCGACCCAGUGGAGGAGCAGUAUUUGGAGUUGAGUCGCACACGAUACUACAACGCCAACGGGGAGCUGGUGGAGGAAGAGGAGUGCUCCUGCACCUACUACGAGUGUCAUUAUCCUCCCUGUUCACUCAUUGAGAGGAGGCUCCGGGAGUUCAACAUCUGCGGUCGCUGCCAGGUGGCGCGCUACUGUGGCUCCCAGUGUCAGCAGAGAGACUGGCCGGCCCACAAGAAGCAGUGUCGCGAACGCAAGCGGGUGCUGGCCCUGGAGUCGGAGCCCGAACGGUGAUCUGCCUUCAUCCUCGUCUGGGAGAGGAUGAGGGGAACUGUGGGGACGGAGACGGGGCCAGGGUUUGACUUCUGGGUGGGCUGCGGGGUAUGAAGAGCAACAUGGGGAAAUAAAAAAACAAAAUCUGAGAAGAGACUGAGGACAGAGGACAUUUGUCAGUUGCUUGGAUUCCAAUGGCAAAGCGAACAGAGGGGAGAACAAAGCAAAAAGACAUCUGCCACUUCCCAGAACUGGUAGCUCACCAUAGCUUGCUUUUCAUCCGGAUGAUGACAAAAAGUGUAUUAUUAUUAUUAUUUUAUUUUAUUUUUGUGUGUUAUUUUUUUUUUUGUUUUUUUUUCUCGAAGAGGCAGACCCUCGAUCUACCUGCUGCUAUGGAUUUAUGUGUGACUGGACAUAAGGGGGGAGGGGUUGUCUGGUUGAUGGACUGGACAAGCUGCUUUUGGACCACAGUCGAAACACGGACGGUCGUCGUCAUUCAGUAGCGUUCUCUGCCCGGCCGACGGGUGUGGUGACGUCUGAGCAAAAAAAACAAAAAAAAACCACGGCGAACCCAAGGGGGUACAGUACCUGUCGUUCAACCGGUACAAAAAAAAUGGACACGGACCUUUUCACUGUAUCGCUCCUUCUCUGACCUCGCUGGUGUGCAACGGCUGCUGUGGUCACGAUCAUCGGCACCUUCGCCACCUCCCCGUCCUCCGUCACGCAGCCAGCCACGACACGCAUCAGACUUCACUGAACGAACCACACUAACAGUAUUGUGUGGCUGUGUGUAUGAAUGUGUGUGUGUGUGUGUGUGUGUCUGUGUGUCUUGCCAAUAUGAACUGAAGGACGUUUUGAAAUGUUAACAUGGGUAACGGGCCAGACUAAUGUAUGACUGUUGUGUUCUUACAGGGGCCAUAUGACACACUUUUAAAUUUCAUAUUUAAUCAUAAACUGGUGGGUUACAGAUUUUCACUGUUCUCUAAUAAAGUAGUUGCCAAGUGAAGGCUUUUUUUUUUCUUCCUCCUUUCGAUCCGUUUGUUCUGUUCUUUUUCUGAGUCAAAUUUUUUCUGAUUUUUAUCACCGUUUAUUGUGCUGUACAAAAAAUUUCGUUGCCUAAAAUAUGAAAGUUUAUCACAUUUAAAUAAUUCUGCGUCUUCAUAGGCUCACAGGCUAGUGCGGAAGAUGCUGGUUCCGGUGACGUUUGCUACUUACAGGGGUUAUGUUUUUUUAUUAUUAUUAUUAUAGAGUUCUAAUCACUCGCUGAUGAUCACAUUUCUUCAUUGUUUUUGUCAUAAAUCAAUUUGGAUACAAACCUGUCUUCUGAGCUGUAUGGUUUAUCUGCAGGACUGUUCUCUGGAUGUUUAGAGCAGGGCUUGGCCCCUUAUUGUAAGAGUUUACUUUGAGGUUAUUUUUUAUUAAAGAAAAUCUACAGAUAGAGCUAUAUUUAUUUAAAACCUUUGUUUGUGAAAACUGUUUUUGUCCUGGUGAUUUCUGGAAGCAGAUCUGGUGAAAAUGUUGAGGGGUUCGAACCUCACUGCCACGUCGUUUCUGUGGCGGAGAGGAGAGUAAAUGUUUCACCGUUGUUGUUCGUAGCUUGUUUUUUUUUCUAAGGCCGAAAAAUCCAGAUUCUACACGUGAACGCCUCGCGCUUUCACUUGUCACUAAACUCUUCCACGUGAGGGACGUUUCUGAGUGUGAAACUUGAACAACUAGUAUUUUUUUUUUUGAUUUGUGUAAGUUUGUGUUAAUGGAACAGUUUUCCGGAUUGGUCCUUUAAAACUCUGAUUCCCAACCACUGGGCCGUAGCUAGCUAGUGUUCCAUGAGAGAUCGUCAGGUGCGCUGUGGAAAAAAAGUUUUGCUUAAUUUGUCUAAAAACUAUUAUAGUCUUUAUUCAUCAGUGCUACGGUGAACAGUAGAACCAUUAAACACUCUGUCACUAGGUGGCAGCAUAUGACUUAAAAACUUAAAGGAAAAGACAAAUCUUUGUGUCUUUCUUCAAUUCCUAGGAGUAUAUCAAUAUUGUGUUCAACUAAACAGGACUAGGUUGAAGUAUGUAAAUUAAAGUUCCUUUUUUCAAAUUCCUUUUGGGAAAUUUUACGGCAUGGUGCACCAUGGGAUUUUUCUGUCGUAAAUAAUAUGCUAUGGCUCAAGAAGGGUUGGGAAACACUGUUUUAAAACACAACAAACAGUCCGGGUGAAUUUGUUGAGUGACGGUCGUUCCUUCCAUCACCUGCCUUCCUUGUUAUUACCCAGAGUGCACCUGCUUCAACGUGUCCUCCUGUGUCUUAGCGGAUGAGCGCAGACACUUACUGCACAUGUAAUUCACACACGUACCUGCAACUUGAUUGUUUCUUUUAUAUCUAUACGUGUGAGUGUGCGAGAGCCAGGUUUUCACCACUGCACUAAAACCUGGCUCUCCUGUCGAUGACUCUGUGUGCUUUUAUGAGAAGGAUGUGUUUUGAACAGCCUGUACAGAUUGUCCCUGAAAAUCACUUUUUGUUUUGUAAGAAUAUACACAAUAAUCGCCUAGAAACAAGAGCUACAAUAUGUGAAUGACAGUACAGUUGGGGAUAACUGAUAGCUUCUUUUCCUAUGUAAAAUGAUAAAUAAUAAAUAAAAUGAAACCUCA